AUGGAGAACCAGCGCCGCGAUGACUCGCCAUCGGGCCUGUCAGAUAUCGUCGAGGGCGAUGGCCUACUGGGCACCGGCUUAACGACUCGCCAUAUCGAAGCUUUUGGAAGAAAAGUAACUACUACCGCAGGACACCUGAUCGGACCGGGCGAACAGAAUAACCACUUGCACAAUGCCAUGACCGACAUCCACCGCGAGCUGCGCCGACCGACCACGCAGCGCAGGGUCUUUUCCCUAGCUCAAACCACACCUACCGACCUCGUUCGCUCGAAGCUUUCCACCUCCGAGAUUCAAUCUCGUGCCCUUUCCUCGCUCCCGGAUGACCUUCUCGCCAACAUCCCGGAAGAUACCAGCUCCUACUCCCUGUUCCAAGGCUUCCAGGCCUCCGUCCCCGAAGAAGAGAAGGAGAAGAAACGACACCGAAGGCGCAGCUCUAAGAGCAAGCUGCUUAAGGAUGCCGAGAAAGGCGGCGCACUGACUGCCGGCCCGGCCGCGCUAAAGGAGCAGCGGGAAUCGCUGAGCCGCAAGCUGGAGUUGAUGGGCAUCCGAAAGAACAUGUGCAGCGCGGAGAUCCAUGAAAUUGACAACAAGGUCGCCAACCUGCACAAGAUGCGCAAGAUUGUUCUGGAUCGAUUGGCCGGAUUGGAGAUGGAUGAGGCGGGAUUGGAGCAAGAAUUGACCGAUCUCGAGAACAGGUUGGAAGAUUUGCCAGAGGAGGAAUCAGAAAACACACCAGUUGCGGCAGGGACGCCGCAAUUAGAAGGCAACGAUGAUUCAAUUGUGUCCUCCGGCGACCCAGCGAUGGACGCUUCGUUUAUGUCCGAAUCAAUCUACGAGAAGUUGCCUUCGCCUUCACCAAAAAGCCUACGACAUCGAAGUAACAGGAAACGAUCGAUGCCAAUUCUACACGAACACUUCGCCCCGGGUUCCCUCAUCAAGGAAAUAGAAGCGCACACCGACACGAUCACUGCGAUCGACUUCGACUUUCCAUUUGGAACUAUGGUCAGCGCUGCACUAGAUGAUACUGUGAGGGUCUGGGACAUGAACGUUGGCCGAUGCUCGGGCUUCUUGGAAGGACACCAUGCCUCGGUCCGCUGCCUGCAAGUUGAGGAUAACAUCGUGGCAACGGGCUCCAUGGAUGCCUCUGUCAAGUUGUGGGACCUGAGCCGUGCUCGGCCCACAACUCGAGACGGGCGCCUGAACAAACACGAGCGUGACCAAGAAGAAGCAGCACCAGAGCACAAUCUCCCACCACCGCCAUCGUCUGACCUCCGAGACUGCGAGGUCUUCUCUCUAGAAGCACAUGUCGACGAGGUGACUGCGCUCCAUUUCAAGGGCGACACCCUUAUCUCCGGCUCCGCAGACAAGACACUCCGACAGUGGGAUCUAGUCAAAGGCCGCUGUGUUCAGACCUUGGAUGUUCUGUGGGCCUCUGCCCAGGCAUCCUCGACAAUGAUGGGAGGAGAGUCUGACUGGCGACCAUCCGGCCGCACGCCCGAUGCCUCAGCCGACUUUGUUGGCGCAGUCCAGUGCUUCGACGCCGCGUUGGCAUGCGGUACAGCAGAUGGCAUGGUCCGCCUCUGGGAUUUGCGUAGUGGCCAUGUCCACCGGAGUCUUGUAGGUCACACAGGGCCGGUGACAUGUCUUCAGUUUGAUGAUGUGCAUCUGGUCACAGGCAGUCUUGACCGCAGCAUUCGGAUUUGGGAUCUGCGCAUGGGCUCUCUCUACGAUGCUUAUGCCUACGACAGGCCAAUCACUGACAUGAUGUUUGACGCGAAACGCAUUGUGGCUGCUGCCGGAGAGAACGUAGUCAAAGUCUACGACAAAGCCGACGGCCACCAAUGGGACUGUGGUCCGGGUGUUGGCUGGGACGAAGAAGGCGCCUCCCCUGCCAUCAUCGAGCGGGUUGCUCUUAAGGAUGGCUACCUUGUGGAGGGGCGCAAAGAUGGCACUAUGGCCGCUUGGACGUGCUAG